GCUGAUUCGCUCCUCCUGCUCUCACUGAUCACUCUGCUCGAACCUCUCAGUAGGAUGUCUCAGAGGAUCUCCCUGCCGUCCUCCAUAGCAGCCCUGCUCUUCCUCCUGCCCUGGUUUGGUGGUCUGACUGUCGGAGAGGUCAGCAACAGCUUCAGUCAAUGCCUUGACUUCUUCUAUAACAGAACUCCUCCAAGGGGUCUUGAGAAUGUAGACUAUAAGCAAAUAUGCCAGCUCUACAAGAACAGAUAUCACUUUGCCAGCCUGUAUCGCCGUCAGCAUCGGGCUCCUUUGUUCUCCGCCUACAAACUGAGUCCUGCAGACGGGAAGCGGCCCAAACAACCUUGGAUGUAUGAACCACAGUUGGCGUUUUCCCGUGCCAGUCCUGAAAUGAGACGUUUUAAAAACAUCACUGACCAGAAUGUGGUUGAAAGCCAAGCGGUCCUCGAAGACUACAGGAACUCCGGCUUCUCCAAAGGUCACCUCUGUCCCAGUUUGCACCAGAAGACAAUGGAUGACAGAGAAUCCACUUUUACUCUGACAAACAUAGUGCCUCAGCAGAUCGGCUCCAACUCUGGCCCCUGGAGCACGCUGGAGAACGAGUUGUUGGCGAGGUACAAAAACUUCUGCAUCGGGCCAAUGUACGUAAUCACCGGUGUCAUGCCUUACGAAUCAGAGACGCACUGGAUCAAUAACAGAGUGUCUGUGCCUGAGUACAUGUGGUCUGCUUACUGCUGCCCUGUAUUCAAACCGAACCUCCUCAAGGGGAUGGAGCAACGCUUUCCUACAUAUGCUGCAGUGGGAAGAAAUGAUCCCAACAGCGGACAGGAGAUUGUGCCUGUUGAUGAUACAGUGAAGCCUUCUGUACGAGGCUAUGAUGUGAAGCAGAUGACCUUGGAGGCUUUGGAGGGCAUCCUGUCCCGGAGACUGAACGUGUCUGUCACCCUGUUCGAUGGGAACUGUCAAAACCCUUAUAUGGAAAGAUUUAGAGAACGGUUUUAUUACUUGCUGUUGAGAUAUAAACAUUUUUAGCAAUGAAUUUCACAAAUCCUGUGUUUUUUCAACAAACCCCAUCUUUGAAGAAGAUAAUUUUGAAAAUAUUGUAGUAAACCAGAAUUAAUUUUGUUGUCUUUCUUUUAAUUCGGGUCCAUGUUACAAUAGA